AUGCCCCCCAAGGCCGCCGACAAGAAGCCCGCCUCCAAGGCCCCUUCCACUGCCUCCAAGGCUCCCGAGAAGAAGGAUGCCGGCAAGAAGACCGCUGCUUCUGGCGACAAGAAGAAGCGCACCAAGUCUCGCAAGGAGACCUACUCUUCUUACAUCUACAAGGUCCUCAAGCAGGUCCACCCCGACACCGGUAUUUCCAACCGCGCCAUGUCUAUCCUGAACUCCUUCGUCAACGACAUCUUCGAGCGCGUCGCCUCCGAGGCCUCCAAGCUGGCCGCCUACAACAAGAAGUCCACUAUCUCGUCCCGCGAGAUCCAGACCUCUGUUCGUCUCAUCCUGCCCGGUGAGCUGGCCAAGCACGCCGUCUCGGAAGGCACCAAGGCCGUUACCAAGUACUCUUCUUCCACGAAAUAA